ACCAAGAAAGCCAACGUAAUGUUUGUAGACAACCCUGUCGGAACCGGGUACAGUUACGUUGACAGCUACAGUGAUUUGACUGUAGACAACGCCCAGAUCGCCUCUGACCUCGUGGUGCUUGUCAAGGAAGCUUUCAAGGUUAAUCCUGACAUGGAAAAAAUGCCUUUCUAUGUAUACGCCGAAUCCUAUGGAGGCAAAAUGACUGUCGACUUCGCUCUGGCAUUUGAUCAGGCUAUAAAAAAUGGUGAAGUUGUGAGUGACUUCCGUGGCGUAGCCCUGGGAGACUCGUGGAUCAGUCCAAUGGAUUCUGUCAAUACUUGGGGAAUGUUCCUCUACCAAAUGGGCUUCGUCAAUAUCGAGGGGCUGCAGAAGGUGGACGCGGCGGCCCUCAAGACCCAGCAGGCGGUUGACGCUGGCCGAUACGCCACUGACGAAUGGAGCAACACUGAGCUUGUCGUCAUGGACGUGGCUCACAACGUUAAUUUCUACAACGUACUGGCUGAAGACGACAUAUACAGGGACAAAACAAAACCGCAUUCCCGUGACCUUUCUUUCAUGCCAGAAAAGCUUCGUGAGCAAACCCUACAUGUUUGCCUAUUAAAACAUAUACACACAGACAUAUUCGCAGUGAUACAGUUGCUCACUGAGACAAAUCUUCACGUGUCGGUCUUCACUGGAAAUCUCGACCUCAUCUGUGACACUCCAGGUACUUAUCGCUGGAUUGAGAACAUGGAGUGGCCAGGCAAGCCCAAUUUCACGGCUACGAACACUGUCCCCAUCUAUAUAUCAGCUUAUUCGGCCCCUGCAGCCUUUGUGCAGAAGUCCGGGCAGUUCUCAGUGUACACCAUACUGCGCUCUGGACACAUGGUUCCGAUUGAUGCUCCUGAGAUGGCUCUGAAGAUGAUUGACAUGAUCACGGCGUCCACGUCCAAGAACUACACACCAGGUAUCGAUGUCUCCAGAGGAGCUCAUUCACCAAAAGAGACCGAAGAAGUGGCAAAGGCAAAUCCGAAGACUAAAAAAGCAGCUCCGCGAAAAGCAAAGCAAACAGGGAAGUCCACAGGGACUCCCAACACAGCUCGCGCGAAGGUGGUGGCUGCACGGCCGAACCCCGCCACGCCCACCGGGAAGCGACUCUCCAAGCUAGUGCCCAUUGCAAAGGCCCUGCACUGAGGAGUCUCAACUACAAGAACAAGCCGUAGGCAUCAUUGGCAUUCUUACCUUCAAUAAAUUAUCGGUUUGUUAGGAUGUG